UUUCUCAAAAUUCUUUGUACGGUAAAACAGGAUUCAGGCAUUAUAAGCUGGGAGAAAUAGUCUGUUUUAGUUUUAAACUCACUUCCGCCAUUGGAUUCUUAACUCGAACUUCUGAGGCAGGCGCAGUUAUUUUGGCGCUGCAUCGCCGGUUAGCCAUGGGAGAGAGGAUCGUGUUUGAAGAAAAAGAGCUAGAAGAGAUUUUAGAAGCUAUAGAGGCACAAGGAACAGUAAGGAGAGCUAGAAGAGAUUUCAGGCUGCUGGCAUUGUAGUUUGUACCAGCAGCUGUCUAUCGCCCACAACCUGUUUGCAUGAAGUACCAGAAAAAUCCUCCUCAUGUUUACAUUCGCACCAGUUCGUAUAAGCCUUCUUCACCACUUGUCCGCAUCAACAUAGUGCACCUAAUCAAUUUGUUAAUCACCAGCAGCCUUGGUUCACUGCAUUGAAGCGGAUGCAGGGGAUGUAUCGGAAUGAACGAAAACGCGUUUCAUUUAAAGCGCGUCCAUUUAGAGUUAAAACGCUUCAAAUUAUGAGGAAUCCAAGGCACCGAACCAAUCAGAGAGCUUAUAAGUAUCAAGAGCAACAAAGGGUACCUGAAUGUUUUGAAGACAAUGAUGAAUAUUCAUUUUCAGAAGAAGAUCAAUUUUCCUGUGAUUGUAGUAGUUGUGCUGCGGGUAGAUGGCGUGAUUGGAUAGCGAAGGAACGGAACUCGGAUGAUUGGAUGUCGGUAGAUUCCUCUGACGAUGAAACAAAUAACUCCCUCCCAUCACUUUUUGAAGUGAAACACCGCUAUCAAGUGCUUAACCAGAAACAAACAUCCAUGGAUACAAUUGAAGACCAGGAAGGAACUCAAAAAAGUUUAAAUUCCUCCAUAGAAGACAUUCUCAAUGACAAAUUGGUAGAAGAUGAAUGUGACUGGAAUGUGUAUCAUGGUAAAUAUGUCAAGAAACAAAUGAAGAUCAGGAAGGGUCUUUCUAUUUAUAACCUGGCUGUAUACAGAAGUGGGUUGAUUCAUGGUGUAAUGAUGAAAGACAGGCCAGUGGAAGUUCGUCUUAUGACAAUGAGAUUUCGAUUAUAAAUACAGAUGGUUUCUUUAGAAGUAAUAGAAAAGCAGGAUAUGGAGUUGUUGUACGUAGUCGUUCUGGUGUGCCAUUAGUUGGUUCUGCUGGAGUUUAUACUCAUGGAAAACCAGUUUCAGCAUUUUAUCAUGAGUUGCAAGGAAUAAAUAGAGGUUUAGAGCUUGCGAUAAAGUAUGGGCUUCGUCAAAAAGUCGUGGUUUGUUGUUCUUCUUAUCUUGCUGCUGAUCUUGCCGAAUCAAGGUUUCGUUGUACCUGUGCUGGUAGAUACCAUAAUUCAACAUUCCGCAUUGUUUGCAAGAUAUGUACUAAAGGUUAUAUUCCUGAAUGUAGUGAGGAAGAUUUUGAACUACUGAUGUAUCCUCUCAUUCAGGAAAUCUUGGAUAAUUCCUAUAUGUUUUCUUUUACCGUUUAUGACAUUAAAAGAAGACAGAAUAGAGCUGCAGAUUAUCUUGCAAAACUUCAGUUAAACAAUGAGGAGAUAAACCCGCGAGAGUUUCCGCAGGAACUGAAAGCCAUUCUUUACGAUGAUGCACAAGGCGGUGAUUUGAGGCCCAUCAUUCAGCGUGAAAGGGCAUGGUGGCUGCAGAAUCAGUAAUGGAUUUAAACCAGCUUGAUUAGUUGAUUAAUCAUUCACAUGCUUAUUAGCAAAGCAUCUUCUGGGUUAUGAGGUACAUAUUUUGUUUGAGUAAUUGACAUUAAAGACGGAAGAAGCAUAUAUUUCACCAGCCAUUUUACAUUUGAAUUUGUCAUUUCAUUUGAUAACCGGUCUGCUCAAUAGAAAUUUGGUCCAGAUCAGAUGUAUUGCAGACAUUUGAAAGAAAUUUCUACUUUAAGCAAAAUAUGGAGUCAAAAACAAAUGGGAAGGUACUCUGAGCAUUUUAUUUUAUUUUAUUUCCGUAAAAAUAGCAUUUAGCCUUUUGAUGUGCCUACCAGCUUUAUCUUUAGCUGGGUUUAGUUUUAACGUACAUUUGUGUGACCAUGUAAAUAUCCCCUAUGCUCUGUCAGGCCUUCCAGGGUUUACAUGUGAUAACUCCAAAAGUUAUUUGGUCUUUCUAACAUAUCAUGUACUUUCUCCACGGUGUUGCUUAGGGCUGUCAGCAGAUUCAUUGAUAUAACUUGGCUUAUUCAAAUUUGAACUAAGAGGAUAGCCAAUAAAACACCACGAGCUUCUGCAGCAACCAAAGGAAGGCCUUGAUCGAGGAGAAGGGAGUUACUGCCACAUAAAUCAAGUUUCAUUGCUAUUUAUUCUAGCCACAGCAGCAGCAGAAUAAGGUGGAUUCAUGGCACCAUCAUCAUUGAUCUUGUUAAUAUUCGGUGGCGGUGGGUUCCAGAACGGAGUCGGACUCUUCUGCACAUAAAGCUGGUUACUGGUGACAGCGAGAGGCUCACUGCAAUAAAGAAACUCUGACCCGAAUUGGAUGUGUAAGAAAUGGGUAACAGGGUUAAGAGGAAGCUGCAGCUCAUAUAACUGGUGGAGUUGAUAUUGAACUGAUUAUGAAAAGAAUGAAGGUUGUUUUGUUGUUGUGAAGCUGAGAAGUUAAAGUUGUAAGUUGAAUUACCAGGAAUGAAGAGGAUUUAGACUCUGUUGAAGAAUGUAGAAGAUGAGUUGAGAGUUAUAUCUCAAGGGGGUGAAGUUCAAGUCACAGGUGAAGAACAUGAAGAACUGAUAAUCAGGCCCGGUUCUGAGGCGGUGCUCCUUGUGCUACCACACAGGGCGGGAAAAAUAUGUCAGAGAAUUGAGAGUGUUCACUAACAACUAAUCACUCAAUUUCUUUAGUUGUGCGUUGUAAAUAUAUGUUAGGUAGUGGAUCAUGUGACUCAUCAUAAUCCUCUAUUAAGAUACAUGGUCAGUGGAAGUUUAUAUCUUUACUAAUACUCGGUCCAUAUAGUUGGCGCGUCAUAUAGACUUCACUAAACUACAAUAAUAGAUCGGAGCAACCUUUUUUGUUUGA